GUUUUGAAUUUUUGAAUCAAUUUACUAAUUUUGAGCCAAUAAAUAUUACAUUAUUUUCAAAUGAUAACUUAAAAGAUUUAUUGCAUAAAAAUUUAAUACCUGGAUUUGCCCUAAGGAAUAUGUUGAAACAACUUGAAAAGCAUGCUGAAAACAAUGAAAUAGAAGCUGAUAAUAUUCCCACACUCCAACAAAUUAAAUCAUGGAUAUCUUGA